AUGGAGUCUGUCUCUCUACCCUCAACGCUACCCUCGCCAUUACAGCAGGUACAUCUGGCACACUUUUCCAACCUCGAUCCAGAAACACAAUCUGCCGCUAUUAUCCGUCGAAUCAUCUCGGCCUCCCAACUUCCCACAACCACAACAGCUGAAGCCACCUUACAACAAGUACAGGGCGCCGAUGCGGAGCGUGCAAAACUCGACUUUGCGUUUCUCGACCCAACCAAGCUGUGCUCGAAACAGCACGUGCUGAGCGCCGUGGCCCAAGCAGCCGUGGUGUGUGCAAGGAGCUGGGACGAAGACAAACAGGCGUUCAGAGAAGGAGAAGGGAGCAUCGGCGGGAUGAAGUCCAAGACUCCGCAUUCAGAAAUCAUCUACAUGCUCAACCCGGGCAACAACGUCGGCGAGUCGCUCAAGCGGUUCGGUUUGUCGCCCAAAUCCACUUCGCUACUGCUAGUCAAGUUUUCGUCGCCCUCGGCAGAUCCACAGGCCAUCUUGCAGAGCAUGAUUGACCUCGUCUCGCCAUCCAACCUGACCUCACCAGCAGCAGCAGCACCAGAUACAAUAGAUAUCGACCAAGCUAUCCGCUACAACCAUUACCUUUCGGCUCAGACAGACGCGGCGGCGGCGACAACAGUCACAGAUUGGAAAGAGCUCAACAAGAUCUACAAGCUUCAAAUACCGUCCAACCUUCUCAGCGCGUCUGGAGACAAGGCGUGGCAGAGAGAAUACGAGGAAAUCAUCUGCACCAGCGUCGCCAUGAAGCUGAUCGCCGCUUAG